AUGUCGAAUGAGGAUCGUGAACAGAAGAUAGAGGAUGCUAGGAGACGCGUAGAAGAAUUGAAGAAGAAGAAGAAAGAGAAGAAAGAGAAAAAAAAGAAGCAAGAGGAGAAAGACACUGUGGAGGGUUUGCCAGAAACUGAUACUACAAUCACAAAUACGUCGGAUGCGGGGCCUCAGACUGUUGAAUCUGCACAUUCGUCUGUUACUUCUGCAGUCGUGACUCCUCAGAACAAAGAGGUAAUGAGUGAUAAAGAAGUAGCUGAGACGGAUGAUUUAUUUGGUGAGCAGGAGACAGAGCAUGAUUUUAUGACGACUAUAAGACAGUCCAAAGAGGAUACUGUUGUUAAGGGGUAUGAUAAGCAGAUCUCCGAGCUUCAGAAGCAGAUUAAACAGCUUAAGUUCAUUAAUAUGGAUCAAGAAAGUACGAUUGAGGAGCUCAAUGAUCAAAUUAAGGAACUUUCUACAGAGCUGGCUACGACCAAAGCUGAAUUGAGCGCCACAAAGGAGAAACUUAUUUCAACGCAGUCUGAGUUACAAAAGGCCAGUUCUAACGCAGUUAGUUCGCUAUCUGCAGUGAAUGUUAUGCAGCAUCCAGAACCUGUAACACCAGUACAAUUUGCGCGGUUUGCUUCUGCAUCUCCGGUAGAUGCCCCCAGACAUACGUCCAUCUCUCCUAUAGACAGAAACAUGAUUAUAAAGUGGAAGAAUUGGAAUAUAGAUAUGAGCGAGUGGAGAUCCCUUGGCGGUGGUCCAGUGGUGGAAUUUUAA